GUCAUCUUGAACCAUAUUAUAACCGCGGCACAUAACACAGAAAUUUUGGUUAUUCGCUUGGGUUAGAUUUAUCAUAAGCUUAACAUAAUAAACUCAUUUUUGACAAUAGGACUUAACCACAGAACACCUAGUCCGGCUCUGGGGUGCUACAGAUUUGUAUCAGUCAGGGGGAAGGAGCUCUGUGUUUUUUGACAUCGCUAGUGUGACAUAUCUGUCAUUUUGCAAACAUAAGACCUAACCUCAAAUUUAUCAUAACAACAUAGCCUAACAUAAGUGUGGUGGGUUUUAAUGUGGUUUUUUUAAUUUUUAUUUCGUUGAGUGUGAAUCACAUAUUGAAUGAUGAUUGAUGAUUUAAUAAUAAUGCCCCAUGGUGAUAGUGAUAAUAGCCAACAGAACUACAGCGACUCAGACCCUGAUGAUGACAAUUUGGACGAAUUUACUUCUUGUACUUGUUCAAUAGAAAAACACAUUUCAAGUGAAUACAUUCUACACGUAACAGCAACGAAUGAAAAUCACCCAACAUGUGUUCUUGGUCUUUCAAAUUACACAUGUGAAGUAUACACUAUAGGGGAGAGUGGAAUAGCUAAAGUUGGGGCAUUGCACACAUAUGAGGAUAAGGUAAUUGGAUGUAAAUUCAGUACAACAGAUAAAAAUAGCUUAUACACAGGCUCAAGUGAUGGUUCCAUACAUCUGUGGGAUAUGCGGGUUAUGAAGAAGCCUGCUUUGCUUUUUAAAGAUACAACACUUAAAGAUGGCAGUCAAAUGAAACCAUUCACUUGUUUUGACAUUUCUCCCAAUGACAGACUAUUAGCUGUUGGGACUGAUCUCUGUGGGAGUGAUGUUUUCACCUUGUUUUGGGAUGUGAGAAAAGGUGAUCUGUUAGGCGGAUAUUGGGAAUCACAUACUGAUGUUAUAACAGAGGUAAAAUUCCACCCAGAUGAUGUGAACAAACUUAUAUCAGGCUCAGUGGAUGGAUUGAUAAAUCUUUAUGAUUUAUCACAGCCAUGUGAAGAUGAUGCAUUCAUGGAUUCAUUAAAUACCAAUUCAUCUGUUGAUCAUCUUCAAUGGUUUAAACAAGGUACAAAAGACUGCAUCACCUGUGUAACUGAUGUGACAUCAGACUUGCAGUUAUGGGAUUUGGACAAAGCAGAUCCAUACAAACAUUUAUCAAGGAAAGACUUGUCAAAACUGAUAAAGAAAAAGAAGGAAGAUUAUAUAUAUCUAGCUGGUUGUCACGAUUCUGAAGGUCAGCUUAUGGUACUGGUUGGAUCAAAUUAUGAAACAGGAGACUGUUUGAGGAGUCUCCAGAUUGAAAAGGCUAUAAUCAAACCUCAUUUUGAAUUCAAAGGAAACCAGCAGAUAGUGAGGAGCAGUUCAUAUAACAAAAAUACCAACAUUUUGCUGACUGGGGGUGAAAAUGGUAUUCUUGCUAUAUGGCGAUUAUGACAGUGCACAUUUAUCACAGCUGUUUAAGGGAACCAUCAAUGAAUAAAUGAACAAAUUUUUAACAUACA